AUGUCGGACGAAACAAAAGACACUGACCAGCUGCCUCCGAGCACUGUGGCGGAGCCGAGCCCCGAGAGGCCGAAGCCGAAGCACGAAUUCCCCAAGUCGCAAGUAGGAAAAUUAUGGGAUGCGUUUGGGAGCCCCGAACAGCCGGCCAACGUCCUCCCGGGGGCACGGUAUGAUUCGACGGGGCGGAAAUCCGAGGAGGAAAAACCCUCGAUCAAAGAUGCGUUGAAGGGGCUCUCUUUUGGGAAUGUCACGUCUUUCUACAAGGUGCCUUGUGCGCGGGAAUCGUUGAUGCUGGCAAUCGGCGUGGCGUUCGGGAUCGGUGGAACUAGGACUAUACUUGGAGGCUUACGACGAUUGGAGUCCGCAUGCAAUUGGGCCGUCGGGUCGGGUCUGGCGACGGCCACGACGUCAUAUUACUUCUGUCAGAGACGGCGACAGCAGGAGCUGAGUGGGAUGAAAGAGGCAGUUGAUUUGAUGCGAGACAUCAAGUUGAAACGCCAACGGGAGAAAGACCAGAAGAAGGCAGAGGAAGAGGCCGCUGCGGCACGGCUAGCGGAGGAAGAGAGGCGACGGAAGAGCUGGACGAACCUCGCCAACUACAAGUUUUGGUGA